CUCCCCGUCUCCGCAGAAACCUGAAACCCGAAACACAACACAACAAAUAGAAAAAAAACGAGUCAUUUAGAAGCAUCUCGCUGUUUUCUUCAUGUUGCUAUAAAAGUCAUUUUGAGCUGUUUCAAUGGAAAGCAAUUAUUGCGAAAUGGAGACAAACACAGGUUUGAAAGAAGAAGAGAUAGAGUUAGAGUUAGGAUUAUCUCUAGGAGGGAGCUACAAAAGGCAAAACGGUAGCGAAUCGAGAUCUGAUACUACUGCUGAUAUGGGUUCAAGAGAAAAGCAAUCAACUUGCAUAAGAUCUAAUGUGUCUCCUUGUUUUAUUGGAGAUUCUGGGCAUUUAGUUAUGGAUCCAAAGAAGAAACGGGAGAUUCAUGCGUUAAGAAGACAGGAAGCGAAGAAGAAAAGAGAAGAGAAACAGUUAAAGAAGGGUGGGGUUUGUAGAGCAUAUUUUAACGGAAUUCAAGUGAUUAACGGAGAUAAUGUUAGUAACAACAAUGAAAUGUUUUUAAAGGUGAAAGCUUCUCAAUCUCAAGUCGACAGAGAUGGUGAAAUGGAAGAGCGAGAAUGCAAGAAAAGCAAAACAGAAAAUAUUGGAUCUGAACGUAUCGACGGAAAGAAAGUGAAUCUAAAUUUGAAUGUCGACCAAUAUAACGGUACUCCUUAUCCAAUGGCAUGUACUUCGUCGCCUGUGCACCCGACGGUUUUACCCGUGCAAUAUGCCCACCCGCCGUUGCAGUAUGGUCCGCCGACGAAUGGGUUUGUCUAUCCUUGUGCAAAUGUAAAUGUAAUGCCUUGUUGGUUCACUGCUGGAGAGGAAAGGAAUGUGGUUCAGGUCCAAUCGGUGGUUAGCUAUGGAUUCGUGCCGUUUCAGGCGGCUUCGGAUCCGGGUCAUAAUUUGGGCAGUGGUUAUGAUUCAGAGCAGAAUGGCAGCCGGGAUAAUGGGAAUAAGAAAGAUGGGUCUAAUGGGUCACCGAUGUGUGCUUCCUCUACGUCUUCGGACCAUAGGAGCUUUUCUAAUGAAGGAGGUGGUAGCAGCGACACAAGAAGUCGUUCAAGUCCCUCAGUACCAGAACAACCUCAAUUGAAUGAUUCAAAAGCAAAGGAAGCCAAAGGCCAGUCUGAACACAGUGCUACCUCUGAGCUCAUAGAAGCUGCUCAAGUUGAAAACAAAAUGAUUCAAUCUUCAUCAACUGAACCUAAAGGAGAAGCUAAAAUUGAAAAAGAAACCAGUCCUACUAAUCAAAGAUUCGCAACUCCAUUGAUGAAAAGCAAAUCAACAGAUUUAGGCAAGCCUCCUAAGCCUCAAAAACUGAACCACAGCAACUCUUCCUUGCCUUCCAUGCCUUGCGUUUCAACGACAGGGAAUGGUCCGAAUGGGAGAACCAUUAAUGGGUUCCUGUAUAGAUAUACAAAAACAGAAGUUAGCAUCAUUUGUGUUUGCCAUGGAAGUUCAUUUUCGCCGGCCGAGUUCGUGCAGCAUGCAGGAGGCACCGAUGUUUCACAUCCUCUAAAGCACAUUACUGUGAUUCCUUCAGCUUUUUGACUUUGCAUUUGCAAUGGUCGUUCCCUUUUUUCUUUUCUUUCUUUUAAUUCUAGCCCAUGACAAGGUGUAUAUAUAUACAUUUUGAGUUAGAGGAAAUCUUCCUGGCAAAUGGUAGGAGGAGACAGAGUCAUUUCUUCUUUAGCUAUUCUCUAACUGCAUUAACAAAUUAAUACUGGGAAUAUUUGACAUUUAGGUCAGGUAUUUAAUAAUUUUCUGAUUUGGCUA